UGAGCGUCUGGAUGAAAUGACAUCUGUGUGACAGGUCAGAGUGACAUCAUCACAGCCAGUAUCACCACUCGGUUUGCGGUAGAUAUGAAGUACUUGGUGUACUUGUUCCUGAUAAAAAAUCCCUUUCUGCUCUUUCGUAUGCCUAUAAAUUCAGCUGCUGUCCGGUUUGGAGUCAGCUGCGGGUUUCUGUCUCUGAUCCGGGUUCGGGUCGGUUCUGUGCUCCAUCCGACUCCCUCUCUGCUCAGCGUUCGGAUCUCUAGUUCACCUGAGCUUAAUCCAGCCUAAUCUGGGAUUUUUCCACAGAACAAGAAGCAUGCACCAAAUCAAACUGGUACCAGGUGUGGCUCUGGUGUUCUUGCUCACCUUUACAGGAGCUUCCUCUAUGUCAACGAUCACCUGUGAUGAUCACAAUGUUCACCGCAUGAGCUGUGAUUAUGGAGUGAUCCUCUUGAAGGAUGCUAUGUAUGGACGUAAAGACAGCGAGCCCUGCCCGUCCGCCGGCGUUCGUGCACUACCAAAUCCGCACACCACGUGUUCUCAGACUGGAACGAAGGAGUUAAUCAAGUCAAGGUACAUGUCAACAACCUGCUGCAGAUUAAAGAGAACCAGAAUCAGACUGCAGUAGAUUAAAGAGAACCAGAACCAGACUACAGCAGAUUAAAGAGAACCAGAACCAGACUGCUGCAGAAUAAAGAGA